AUGUCGCUCAUAGCCAACCUCCCCAACUCGCCGCUAUCCCCGCCCAUCCUGUCCGUCGGCUUUGCAGUGGGCGCCUCCACCCUGUUCACGCUCACCUACGUCGGCUCUCUCUACCUCUCGCCCGCUGGCCGGCUAGCAGGCAAGCAAGAUGCGGACGGCAACAUCAUGGAUCGCGACCAUCCGGUCGUCAUCAGGUCACGAAUAAAGACAGCGAGCUUGGCCACUGCGGCGACGGUGCUGGCAACAGGUGUUGGGAUAUGGUUGAAAGGCGUCGUGCCAAGGGCUGGCUGGCUCCUCGACACGCUUAACAUCAGCCGUCUUCUCGGCCUGCCUCUCCCAACACCCUCACUGCUCACCUCCAACCUCCUCCCCUUCAACCCCUCGCUCUCAUCCUACCUCACGGCGAUAGCCACGCACAUCGCAUCCCCACUCCUCCUCACCUCCCUCCUCUUCCUCGGUCCGCUCUACACCACCUACCUCUCCUCCUCGCUGCCCUUCCAACGCCACUUCUCGAUCCAAUCAGACAUCGUCGACAAGCUGACCACCCUCCCCGGGGUGCGCAACUACCUCGUCGGCCCGCUCACCGAAGAACUCGUCUUUCGAUCUUCCAUCCUCGUCCCGCUCUUCUUCGCCGGUCUCUCUCGCCUCCGCCUCAUCUUCCUCACCCCAGCCUUUUUCGGCAUCGCACACGCCCAUCACGCAUGGAACGUCUUCCUUCAAGGCGGACGCACCCGUCAGGCUGCACUACGAGGAGCUCUGAUCGCAUCCGUCCAACUGACAUACACAGGCAUCUUCGGUUGGUACGCCAACUUCCUCUUUCUUCGCAGUGGAAGUGUGCUCGCCCCAAUGGCUGCACAUGUGUUUUGCAACGUCAUGGGCCUGCCCAACCCCAUGGCGGACGCCAGGCGAUUCAGCAAGAAUGCUGCUUUGAUAUGGAUCACCUACGCAGCAGGCAUUGCGUUGUUCGCCCACUUCCUCUUUCCCCUCACCUCACCCGACGUGUUCGGCGGCUCCCUCUACUGGCAAUAA